AUGAGUUCACCGAGCGAGCGCCCUGAGGAGAAGUUGGAGGCUGUUAUCCAGAAACUAGAAGACACUGUACUGAACCCAGAGGUGAGUGGAGAGGCUAAAAAUCUGACGGUUCGUGGAGAAGGGGAGAGCGCGACACUAACUCCAGUCCCUGCUCGAAUCCGAGAGAUAGUUAUCAAGAAUCUAACUGAGGAAAGAAUGGAUGGUGAGAGUUCCAUAGCCAGUCUUCGGGAAGAGAAUUGCAUGCUGCAGGAGGAACUGUCCCGCAUGGAGGAUCUGUUAGCACAGAGCCACGCCGAACGCGACGAGAUAGCUAUCAAGCUCCAUGCCGUCAGUGAGCGGUUGGAGAAGUCCCUCAAGGCUGAAGUUUCAGAGAGGGAGCAAAAGGGGGCUGAGUCAAAGGUUGCAUCAGAUCUCCGCCGCCACUUUGAGGAUGAAGAGAGGGUUUAUAGGAGAAAGCUCCAGGCAUAUCAAGAUGGACAGCAGCGUCAGGCUCAACUUGUACAAAAGCUUCAGGUCAAGGUCCUGCAGUACAAGAAGCGAUGUGGUGAGCUGGAACAGCAGAUCCUUGAGAAAGCCUCUGAGUCAGAACAGCAGAAAGUGUCAUUACAAACCCGCUUAGAAACAACAGAAUCCUGCUUGAGGAGGACAGAGUAUGAGCACAGCACUGAACUGGAGACCAUCCUCAUUCACCUGGAAGAGGAGCAGCAGAGAAGCAGCAGCCUGACCCAGGUUAACGCCAUGUUGCGGGAGCAACUGGAACAGGCCAACACAGCCAAUCAGAAGCUUGCUGAGGAUAUCCGCAAGAUCACCGUUGAUUUCGGCAAAGCAAGAAAUGAACUAGAGCACAGAGAAAUGAAGCAGCGGUGGGAACAGGAGACCUAUGGCUUGCGCCCUCAUGGUGAGCACGGCAGGCUGCUGACACUAUGGCAGCAGAUAGCUACGGUCCGCAGUGAGCUCACUGGUUUGAGGAGUGGGACGGAGCGGAGCCUCCUGGACGUGAAAGCUGAUGUUGCUCGGACCUCUCGGCACCUGCAGACCGCCUGCUUGAACCUGGACUCCAACUUACGCAUGUCUCAGGCAAGUACUACUUCUACACUGGAGAAGCACACAGUGCAAAGUGGAAGGCUUGAACAGCAGCUCCGUGACAAGGUCAAAGAGAUGAUUCAACUACAGACCAAGUGUGACGUGGACAAGGCAGAACUUCAUGCAAGGAUUAAUGAGUUAUCUGCUGCCAUGGAGAGGCUGAAGAUACAAAAUGCUGAGAAGGAGAAGACAAUCAUGUCACUGAACCGGACCAUGGAGAAAUUGGAAUCAGGAAAAACUGAAAUUACAAGUGAAACCUUGGAGAACAAAGCUUUGAGGUCCGAGAUAGAAUCCUUACAUCAAACCUUACACAACAUUGCUCAGGUUGCUAUUGCUGAUGUAGAGUCUACGAGCUCCCUCUCCAGGGAAGGGGCUGUUGAAGGGACUGAGACUGGUACUGGAAGGCUCGGCUCACCCCUCCUGUCAGGGUCACCAGUAUUGCCAAUGCCUUCUCCUGGUAGGCGCAGGUCACCUACCCGUUCCCAGUCUCCGUUGCGUAGCGUGUCACCAUCUUUCGGUGAUUCCACAUUGUCUGCGGUCCAAUCAGCUCUACAAAGACGACAGCUCCAGGUGCAGGAGUUUUGUGGAAAAUUGGACGCCGUUCAGGAUGUAAUCAGCUCUUUAAAGAAACAGCUGGGGGAGAGUGAGAGUGAACGGAGGCUACUGGAGCAGAAGAUGGUGAAGCUGAGAGGAGAAGCUGAAGAUUCGAGCCGAGCGAGGGAUGGUGCCAAGAGAGAUGCUGCCCGCUACCGAUCCUCUUUGGAAAUCAUUGGAAGUGAGAAAGGUAACUUGGAGAAGUUGGUGCAUUCGCUGAACCAGCAAAUUGAUAAUUUACAGCUGGAUGUGGAGCGGCUGAAAGCAGCAAAUGGUGAUUUGCAACACCAGCGGGAUCACCUCGAAGAUGAGAAGGAGGAAUUACACAAAGACAAGGAGCAAACCAAGAAAGAAGCUGAGAGAGGGCAAAAGGCUUUGGAGCUGAUGGAAGUCAAGAACUCGGCUUUGAGGAAAGAAUUGGUCGUUGUUAAGGAAGCCUUGAACAAAGCUACACUGGAAAAGGAGGUGCUACAGCAUGAGAAGGCAGACUUAGCUGAGGCUCUCAGCAAGGCUGAGCUGACUAAUGCAGACUUAGAGUUGUCCUUGAGCAAGCUAAAGACUGAAGAAGAUGCCCUGCGAGACUCUCUUGCCAAGAUGAGCGCACUAAAUGAAGGCCUAGCUCUGGAUAAGGUUGAAUUAAACCGCAUCCUCCUUCGGAUGGAAGACGAUAGGUCAACCCUGCAGGGCCAGAAGAAAGAGAUUGAAAAGGCAAAGGCUAACAUUCAGGAUGUGUUAGUCCGCGUGAGGCAGGAGAAGAUGGAGUUGGACACGGAGAAACAUGGACUGGAUCAGUCUCUGCAGAUUGUGGAGCAGAGCCGAGAGCAGCUGGAACAUGAAAUGCUGAUACUGCAACGAGAGCGAGGUCAGCUUCAGGAGCAGCUCGGGCAGGUAUGGGAGCAUGAACUGGAUUCUACGAUGAACAGGCAGAAGCAGGCUCUGAAUGAACGGCUGGCCCAGACAGAGCGGGACAUGGAGCUUCAAAGCGAAGGACUACUCCGAGCCAGCAAAGAGAAGGAGGAACUGAUGAAGGACAAGGCCAACCUGGUGGUGCAGCUGACGGCUGCUGAAAAGGAGAGCAGGGCCCUGUCCGAGGAGGUAACUGCUGUCAGGGUGGGUAAGGAAGCUUUGGAGACCAACCUGUUUGAAUCUCAGCAACUAGUUUCACAGCUGGAGACUCGUAAGGAGCAGCUGGAAGGAGAGAACCAGACCAUUCUUCUUGCUAAGGAGUCACUUCUAGCGGAGAUUGGUGUGGCACAGAAAGAGAUGGAGCUGCAGCUAAUCAACAUUGGACGAGAUAAAGAGCUGUUACAACAGAAACUGGGUCAAGUGGAGCAAGAGGCCCAGAUCUCGCUGAAAAACGAAAAACUGGUCCAUGAGGAGGAUGUUGAACACCUCCGGAAAGAAAAGGAGAGCCUCCGUCUUGAGCUGACUGCGGAGAGGGAUGAGACAUUUCAACGCUUUCAGCAGGAACGUGAAGACCUUGUCACCCGCUUUGAGGAAGAGAAGGAGCAGCUAAAUGAAGAAAUCCUCAGUUUACAAAAAGAGAGGGAUGAGAGUCUGAUUCAGGCAGAGAGCCAGAAACAGCAGGCCUUGUAUCUCAAAGAAUCGGAGAAAAAUAUCCUGUCUGAGAAACUCGGUCAUGUCCAACGCGAACUUGGUAAUGCAAACAUGGAAAUUGACCGGGUGAAGCGAGAGUUACACAGUCGACAGGAGCAGGACAAGGACACCAUCAAUAACAUAAAUGCUGACCUGAGGACCUUUCGAGUUCAGUUUGAGGAAGCAGUGGCCAACCAUGAGAAAGAGAUCAAAGGUCUCACCGAGCAGCUUAAAGACUUGACCCGUCAGAGAGAAGGGACCCUCAGAGAGAUGGAGGAGUUAAAGACACAACUUCGCAUGGUGGAGGACGCUCGAGAUGGAAUUCGCCGAGACCUCAUUGAAGCUCACAGGAGGGUCCGAGAGAAUGAGGAGGUUCAGGAGCUGCAACGGAAAGAAAACCUGGAGCUCAAACGAAUUCUGAAUGAUGAAGCUCGAGAGAAAGAAGCCAUCCAAAACUCCAAUGAGGAGCUCAGGAAUAAUAUCAAAAAAAUUGAGAGUGAAAGAAUCAGCUUAAAGAGGACAAAUGAGGAGAAGGAGCAGAAGAUCAACAUUCUGGAAGAAGCCAAAACCGCAGUUCAGAAUGAGGCAGGAGAACUGCGCUCAAACCUCCGGGAAGUUGAAAAAUCAAGACUGGAGGCCCGGAGAGAAUUGCAGGAACUUCGGCGACAGGUGAAGAUGUUGGACAGUGACAACACAAAGAAGAGCAAGGAAGUGGCGGAACUGCAAUCCCAAGUAGCUUUGAAUGAACAGCGAGGGGAGGAGAUCCGGAAGGAAUCCUUUGCCCUGAAGCAGAAGAUUGUGGAGGCAGAAACUGGCCGUGAAUCAGCUCGCAAAGAGGUUGCCAACCUCCAGAAGAAGAUAAUGGACGUGGAAAGUAUGUUCAAAGGGCGUGAGAAAGAGCUCCGUGAACAGCUGGAGGAUUGCCAUGUGAAUGAGAAGAAGUUCCAAGACAACAGCCGCAAUCUGGAAGUGAAGCUGCAACAUGCCAAGAGGGAAGCAAAUGAGUUAACACUGAAGAUCAGUGCCAUGGAAGGGCGUGUAACAGGCCUAGAAACAGAACUGGCCAAAGUAGAGACUGCCAAGAGGGAGGUGGAGUUCAAGUUGGGUAGUUUGCACUCCACACUGCGCAGAAACCUAGGAAUUGGCCGUUCCGGACGCACGCCAAGUCCAGGGUUUCCCAGCCGUAGCCCAUCUCCACGGAGACCCCUCUCUCCCACUAAAGGUUUUGACAACACUUUCACCACCACCACUGGUGGACGAGGCAGCCCAAUUCCACAAAAUGGAUCACCUGAUCACAGCCACUCCAGCUCUCCGUACCGCUCCGUGUCCCCCAUCCGUAGUGAACCAUACCUGGCUGACAUCGAUCCAGAAGUUGUUAAAAGUGCCUUGCAAGAUUUCCUGCAAGAGCUUCGCGACACGCAGAGGCACAGGGAUGAGGCUCACAUUCAGCUGGGAAACCUGGCACGGCAGCUUGCAGAGAUGGAAAUAGACCGGGACCGGGCGAAUGCACGCCUUCAGCAGUUCCAGAAGUCCUUCACUGAGGCAGAGGAAGGGAAGCGUGGAUUAGAUGGGCGGCUGAACAAGGUUCAAGCGACGCUCAUGCUGCAAGAAGAGACAAUAAGGUGCGGAGAAAGAGAAAGGAAGGCCCUGGCUGAACAGGUGGCCACAUUGGAACGGAGUCUGCAGUCAUCUGAGGGAGAGAAGCGAGCACAUCAGGAGAAGAUCAAUAAGAUGAGGGCAAAUGAGACAAAGCUGGAGGCUGACAAGCACAAGCUGAAAGACACACUGGAAGCAUCUGAGAACCGUAUCACCAAGUUGGAGCUAUUACGGCGCUCCCUAGAGGGGGAGCUGCAGCGAGUGCAGCUGACACUGAACGAUCGCGAGACAGAAGUCCAAGUCCUUCAGGAUCGAAUUGAGAUUCUUCAGCGGCAAGUGGCUGACAGUGAGACGAAGGCCACCUCUCUCCAGCUUACCCUUGACCGGCUGUCAAUGACCCUUGCCAAGACAGAGGAGGGUGAGAGCCACUUGAAGGACAAGGUGCAGAGUCUGUCGCUGACUCUCUCGGACACGAGCGCUGGCGCUGCAGUGCUACAGGAUCGGAUUUCUCAGCUUCAGAAAGCUCUAACAUCCAGUGAACAGGACCGACGGGUACUUCAGGAGCGGCUAGACACUGUCCGCCAUGGGCUCUCGGACACUAAGAAGAAGAACCAUGCUUUGAUGGAACGUGUGCAAUUGAUGCAGAACGUACAGGCAGAUCUGGAGCUGAGGCGCUUGGAGCUGGAAGGGCAGAACCGGAAACUGCAGGAGGUAUUGCAUCAGCGCCAGGAGUGUGAAGAGGGGGCCCUGAAACAGAUUGAGAAACUUCAACAGGAAAAGCACAUAUACAAGGAGCGAGUGACCAACUUGCAGAGAGCUGUCGCCCAGUUGGAGAACGAGAAACGAGAGCUUCAACGUUGCAAAGUCCGCCUCGAGAAGGACCGAUCUGCCCUAAAGAAAACUCUGGAUAAGGUCGAACGGGACAAGUUGAAGUCUGAAGAAGAUGCCCUGCGGCUCUCAGCUGAGAAGGGACAGCUGGAUCAGUCUCUCAGCGGUGCAGAAAUGGAUCUUGCAGAAACACAAAGGCAGAUUCAGCAGCUGCAGGUCAGCACUAGUUUAAAACGACCACAGAUGGAGCGGAGCCACGGCCAGAGACUGAUUGAGCUGACAACCCGUCACCACCAGGAGCUAGAGAAGGAAACCGAGCGCCUGCGGAUUGCACACCAGCAGGCGGAGCGUACACUGGAGGCUAGGGAACGGGUCCAUAGGCAGCGUGUGAAAGGGCUGGAGGAGCAGGUGGCCGCCCUGCAGGAGCAAUUGGAUCAGGAGAUGAGGAGAAGACAGGCCUACAUUUCUCAAAUGCUCAGGUCAGGCAAGUAGCAACCUGGGUCGGACCACAUGCCUUCAACCUGCACAGAUGGAGCCAACUUGCAGCUAAUGGACAGUUGUGAGCUUGCUAUACGUCAGAUUAUGAAUUCCCACAACAAGGCUUCUAGCUCAAUAAGAGUUGGGUGACUGUUCUCUAGAAAACAACAGCUUGUGAAACCUUUAGUCUGCACUUCAAAUUAUACAAAGUAAUUGACCCGACGGAACACUUCCCCAACCAACACUAAACACGCAGCAAUGUGUAAGGGGGCAAUCCUUACACUGGUAUAGAUGCAGGUAUUGGUCAUAAGGCCUCGCUGACCCCCUCCAUUUGUUCCAGCUCAUCUCACUUGAAUACCAGCGUGAUUUCCAAACCUCACAGCAACUGCAAAGCUUACUGCUCCUUCUUACAUAUAACUUCAAUUCUGUGAAAAAGACUGAUAUCUUACAAUUCCCAAGUUGAGAACUGUCUGAAAUCUCCCCAAAUGCUGCUGGCCUCUGCCUCUGCCUCUGUCAGGCUGGACUCCUUAGGUUCUUGACACAGCAUUUUACAGACAGUAACUUUUUUUUGUUGUCCCCUUCACCCACAUAACUAAUCCUGGGAUCCAAAGGAACUUAAAGGGGAAGGGAUGUUUCAGGGAAGUAUAACAAUAUGCCCAAUAGAAGUGUACCAUUCUUAAACUUUACAUCAAUCCUCAAUUCAGAUCUUUGCUAGCCUGCCUUGUUGUUGUCAUUAUUGAGAGCUUCCCUGCCGGCUCAGAGCAGCUUAAUUAGAAGUUCCCUGCUGAUGUUUUGGAUCAGGCCAACAGUAAAUGGAAUCCAUUGGAACCAUGGUGAGGGCUGGCUUCUCCUCAGCUUCAGUCACAGUGACCUCUGGAGUUUUACAGCUCAAAGGGAAUGUUCAGGCCAAUCAGAAAUCACAGUUCCUGUCACAGAACCACAACAAGAGGCGUACAUCAGGCUCAUCUUGUUCAAUGACCCACCAACAAUUGCAAAUAUUUCAGCUCCUCCUUACUGGAGCUGUCUAGCAGGGCAGGAAACCCAAAUGUGUGCAGAGCUGAGCCAUGUUUACCAGAGCAUCUCAGAUUUGACCCUUGUUCUGUGAUGAGGUAACUGAUAUAAGCCGGGGUAGCAAUGGCAGUGUAAUUUAUCCUCAAUGCUUUAGAUAAUGGAAGAAACAUCAGCUGGCUCCCAUAAUUGAUCACUAACUCUAAUGCCUGCCCCACAAAGCAUGUGCCUUUUGAUCUCUGAUAAUGACUGGAUCAGGCUCAGCCUCCUGCCAGCUGUUGGAUAACUUGCUAACAGUCAGUCACUGUCUAGGCAACUAGGGUUGGGCAAUAAAUGCCCAACUCCAGUGAUGACCAUAUUCAAAGAAUGAUUAUUUUCUUCAAACUAAAAACUACUUGAGGGACUGCAGGCCAAUGGUAGCUCUGUUUUUAUUGUGCUGAAUCUCAGGAAGCUGUCACAUGGCUCACUUAACUAAUCAUUCAAAAAGUGCACGAUGUUAAGAGUCACCGUUAGUCAAUUUGGUUUAAAUUUGUACCAUUCAGAGCAAAGCACUUCCUAAUACCAUCACCAGUGGCUAUGAUUCAGCUGAAAGUCACUGGAUUCUGCAUGUUUUCCUUCCAUAAAACCCGAGAGAACCUGAACCUCCAAGUAGCUUCUGUCAGAGAACUGCUUAAAUUGGGUCAACUCAGGCAGCCAGGUAGAAGCGAUGGGCAGGCAGGGGCUGAAGUUUCAAGCUCACUCGGAAUUCAUCAAAACCCCCUAAGCCAUUACUUAAAUAGAUAGCAAUGUAAAGGUGUCACCAUAUCUAUACAAGAUUGGAUUAUGGGUGGUAUCAUACAUUGACUCCGGAACACUGUUUAGAGUGUUCCAAUUCUUAGCACUUAGUCAUGGUGGAACAGGAAAAAUAAGGACACUGAGCUGGUGAUUCGGUCUGAGCAAGGGUCCUAAAUUCAAUGUUCACUGCAAGGAAUUUAAAACAGAACUAAAUUUGUCAUCCAAUCAUAAUGUUCCCAAUUUUCCAUCUAUCCGAUUGGUCGCCUUCUCCAUUGUUGAUCUCACAUGGUCUCCUUACUCCUCACUGUGUUACAGUUAAGAUUAAUCUCUCACUCUAACCCCAUCUUUUACAGGACAUUCACAACUGUGGAACUCUGCAUUCCUUCAUCUCCCUUUUCUCCUACAAAAUGCAGCAUUUUAAUAGCCAUUGCCUGAUUACGUCUGCAUUAUCUCACCUUUCCCUACUCCUCCUAACUGUGCCCUUGAACCAGGUAUAAAAGUGGAAUCAUUCCUUGUGACAGUUUACUGCUCGUAGCUGGGGAUGUUGAAUCUCUUACAAGGCCAACCAGAGAGAUUCCAACCAUUGCUCCUUAACAUUCAAUGGCAUUACCAUCACUGAAUUCCCCACUAUCAACAUCCUGGGGGUUACCAUUGACCAGAAACUGAACUAGACCAGCCACAUAAAUACUGUGGCUACAAAAGUAGGUCAGAGUUUGGGAAUUCUGUGGUGAGUAACUCACUUCCAAAGCCUGCCCACCAUCUACAAGGCACAAGUCAGGAAUGUGAUGGAAUAUUCUCCAUUUGCCUGGAUGAGUGCAGCUUCAACAAGGCUGAAGAAACUCAACCAGGACGAAGCAGCCUGCUUGAUUGGCACCCCAUCUACCACCUUCAACAUUCACUCUCUUCACCACUGAUGCACAGUGGCAGCACUGUGUACCAUCUACAAGAUGCACUGCAGCAACUCACCAAGGCACUUUUCAAACCCACAACCUCUGCCACCAAGAAUGACAAGGGCAGCAUGGGAACAGCACCACCUCCAAAUUGCCCUCCAGGACACACACCAGCCUCACUUGGAACUAUAUCACUUUUCCUUCAUUGUCGCUGGAUCAAAUCCUCAAACUCCCUUCGUAACAGCUCUGUGGGUGUAGCUACACCACAUAGACUGCAGUGGUUCAAGAAGGUGGCUCACCACCACCUUCUUAAGGGCAAUAAAUGCUGGCCUAGGCAGCAACGCCCACAUCCCAUGAAAGAAUAAAAAAAGGCCGUGCUAGGAGCCCUCCAGAAGGACUAGAGUCAAUCCUUACUGAACCAAGAGUCCAAUUGGACUAGAAUAUCAAGUCAGUGCCUGUCAGCUUUAAACUUCAUCUUGUGUAAUAAACUGUUCAGUAGCCUUCAGCUAUGUUCAAUAAAAAUGGGACCUUGAAUAUGAGGCUGACUGGAAAAUACUUAUUAUUAAGAAUCAAUGCAAUAGGUGAACUAACAGAUAACCCGCACAAAAUUCUGUCAAUUUUAUAAAACCAAAUCCUCCAUGGAGAGAAGAUUUUAACUGGUAGAGCAUCAUGGAUUUUCAGCGUCUUUUACCAGUAUUGUCUUAAUCACCCAUUAACUAGUUGUAUUGCUGUGGUACAUUUUAUAUGCUGAGUAGCUAUUGGUCAGGUCAGGCUGUGUAUUUGAUGGCCUGAUCCAGUAUUAUGUUCAAUGAUUAGAAGCAAUAUGGCUUAGGCCCUGUAAC